CACAUGCGGACGCCGAGCGCCGCCGCUGCCGCCCGCCGGUUAUGAAGGAAGAAUGGAGUUUCCAGACCAUAGCCGCCAGUUGCUGCAGUGUCUGAGUCAGCAGCGUCACCAGGGCUUCCUGUGUGACUGUACUGUUUUAGUUGGAGAAGCUCAAUUCAGAGCUCACAGAGCCGUUCUUGCCUCUUGCAGUAUGUACUUCCAUCUUUUCUACAGGGACCAGUUAGACAAAAGGGAUAUUGUGCAUCUGAACAGUGACAUUGUCACAGCCCCUGCCUUCAGCCUGCUGCUCGAAUUCAUGUACGAGGGAAAGCUGGAAUUCAACAGUCUCCCAGUGGAAGAUGUGCUGGCUGCGGCGAGCUACCUUCACAUGUAUGACAUUGUGAAAGUCUGCAAGGGCAAGUUGAAAGAUAAAGAAUUAUGUUCCGAAGAGAAGAUUAAUGAUGAGGCGGCUAGUUUGGAGAAAGCGGAGCAUUUUCUAGACGCCGGAGUGCCCCUGGUCCACGAGUUUGACCCAGGAAACAAACAAAAAUUCAGCGUUGCAGAAUACGAGAGAGCAGCAGGCAAAGAAAAGGUCAGCAGUCACCCCGCCUGGUCCUCUGAUCAUAUAAGUGUCAGCUCUGUGCCGACAGAGGCAGAACCGUGCGCCGCAGCAGCUGGAAAAACAAAGGCUAAUGUCAAUAGUUCCACAGGACCUUUGUCCCAAAGGUCUGUUAACCAUCCCCUGGCUUCGAGUGAUGUGGACUGCGCACUGGAUUUGUCUUUCAAGCCCGUGCCGGGGAGAGAUUCCUUACACCCCUCCUAUGUCUUUGGACAGCUGGCUUCCGACAGCCAGCAGCAGGGUACCGAGCCACUUGUUAAAGAUGAACAAGACUUGCUGUCAGAUCAGGAGGACAGCGAAGCCAGGAGUCCAGAGAGUCAGCAUUUUGGGAAUUCAGCCAAAAGCCUAGUGACAGGGUUAGGACACAUGUUCGCGGGGAAUGGCAGCUCUCAUGCCCGAGAGGAGGACAUAGAUCAAGAGCGAGACGAGAGCGAGGACGACAUGGAUUCGUCGGACAUCUCCUCGGGCGUCCUGGUGCCUCCUGGGCAUAUCUGCAUUUGUCCCCUCUGUAGCAAGGUGUUCCCAAGCCCGCACAUCCUUCAGCUGCACCUGAGCUCUCACUUCCGCGACAAGGACGGCUCGCGGACCCGCCUGUCCCCCGACGGGUCGGUGCCCACUUGCACCCUCUGCGGAAAGACUUUCUCCUGCAUGUACACGCUCAAGAGGCACGAGAGGACUCACUCGGGGGAGAAGCCCUACACCUGCGGCCAGUGCGGGAAGAGCUUCCAGUAUUCCCACAACCUCAGCCGGCACGCGGUCGUGCACACCAGGGAGAAACCCCACGGGUGCAAGUGGUGCGAGAGACGCUUCACGCAGUCCGGGGAUCUCUACAGACACAUCCGCAAAUUUCAUUGUGGCCUUGUAAAGUCCUUGGUUGUUUGAGACGUGUGACUUGUGUUUUGUUUCGUUUGGGUUUUUUUUUUUGUUUUGUUUUUUUUUUUUUUAUAUAUAUCUACAACCCCCCUCCAACUCUUUUAAAACAAAACAGGAAAAAAAAAAAAGGCAGCAUCUGAAUUUUAAUUUUGUUUUUCUCCUCCCUUUAUUUUAUUUUGGUGAUAUUCACUUCAGGUAUAUGAUCUUUAAAAGAUGCAGCGGUAAACACUCCAGAGGCCUUUUAAUGCAAUCCUUCCACUUCUCCAUCUCCCCCCCUUUCCCCUGCCACCCUUCCCAGCACGGUCCUUUAGGUCUUCUCUUGUGCACCCAUGUUACAUUAUUAAUGUGAAAUGAUCUUAAGUAAUUCUGCAAUGAUUUAGCAUCAGUUUUCUCACUGGAAGUACUUGCUUUGUGGUCAGGAUUUUGUUGGUUUGGGUUUUCUUUUCCUUUUUUUUUUUUAACUUCUUUUU